UUUUUUUUUGUUGCAUGUUGUUUUUUGUCGGCUAAAAAUAGACCAGAAUUUCAAUUGCAAUUGAACCGCAUGAGCCAUUAAUCCGCACGUGUAAAAGGGUUCAGUAUACGGAUUUUUAAAUCGUUAAAUUACACUUUUUUUAUGAUGAGGGAUUAAAUGGACACCAGGCUCACCCACAGCGUGAGCGUCACCACUGAGCUGCCGGUUGUCGUUUGUAACUGUGUGAACUCUCCAGCACAUUUUUUUUUAAAAUUUAUUUAUUAGGAUUCUUGUAACCAGCUGCGCACCGAGCUUUAGCUGCUGGACAGUUCAGGGAUUAUCUGUUAACGACCUAAAGAAUCACACAAAAGAGAAUCCGACGCCAAGAUGUAACACUGUUGAUUAUUUAGUUCAAUCAACUUGAACCUUUUACGCGCACCUUUCCGGUGGAUGCAUGUUGCCAGAGGAUCACGUCCUUUUGUGAUAAAGCACAUUUAGGAGGCGACGUGACUUGUAACUUGACAGCAUGAAAACAUCGGUGCACGGAUAAAGAAAGUAGCUACCAGCGCUUGUUUGGUGAAGUUGCGUUGACGCACCGGAAAGCAUGCGCUCCACAAAUGUGAAGAUUUUCUAGGCCUGUCUUCUUUUUCUCCUUCUUCUCCUCCGAAAGUAAUUUUGGAUCAAAGAUGCAUGUUUUCGUGAGACAUUUUGUUGUAAAUGUACGCUUUUUAAUCUGGUAAGAUACUUUUUUGGUGGAUGAACGUGAUGUGGAUCCCACUGUGGUGAUUUUCUUGCUGUGUCCAUGCGUCUUUCUUCUCCUCCAGACUUCUGGACGUUGUUGUGGACUGUGUUGCUAUUUAAUGCAAUGGGCUGUAUCCAGAGUAUCAGGUGUAAGCCCAAGAGUUUCCGAGACAGUAUCAUCGUCCUGGAGGUGAGCAGUUCCAUCGACCCCAACCCCACCAGCAUCGACGAAUCAUCCAGCGUGGUCCUGCGUUACCGGACACCUCACUUCCGAGCUUGUGCCCGGGUCAUGGUGCCACCAGUAGCCGCCAAAGAGACAUGGACUAUCGGCUGGAUUCAAGCUUGUAACCACAUGGAGUUCUACAACACUUAUGGAAACAAAGGAAUGUCGAGUUGGGAGCUCCCUGACCUGCGUGAUGGCAAGAUCCAGGCCAUCAGCGACUCGGAUGGGGUGAACUACCCGUGGUAUGGCAACACCACAGAGACCUGCACCGUCGUAGGCCCCACAAAGAAGGACAGCAAGUUCACCGUUAGUAUGAAUGACAAUUUCUACCCCAGUGUGACCUGGGGCGUGCCGGUCAGUGACAGCAAUGUGCCUCAGCUUAGCAGCAUCUACCGUGACCAGAGCUUUACAACUUGGCUGGUAGCCAUCAACCAGUCCACUUCAGAGACCCUCGUACUGCAGACAAUCCACUGGAGGAUGCGGCUUCACAUCCGAGUUGACCCAGAGAAGCCCCUGGGUCAAAGGGCCAUUCUGAACGAGCCCGUGGCCCAGGAACAGCCCCAGAUCCUGGGCAAGAAUGAGCCCAUCCCCAGUAAUGCCAUGGUCAAGCCCAACGCCAACGACGCCCAGGUGCUGAUGUGGCGGCCAAAGAAUGGUGACCCUGUGGUGGUCAUCCCACCCAAAUACUGACCUGUUUCACUGACCAGACUUGCCUUGGAUACCUUAACAGUAUCAUCUCUUAUUUGUUCUCCUUCUUUUGUUCCUGCUCGUCACCAGCUCUCACCGCUUACCCCUUUCCCUGUUUUUUUUCCCCGCCUCUAUACUCUUCUCUGAUAUAUAUAUAUAUAUAUAUAUAUAUAUAUAUAUAUAUAUAUAUAUAUAUUUUAAAAAAAAAAAAGAACAGAGGAAAAAAAGACAGAGACAAUGAAACCAGCUGAGAAAAAAGGCCAGCUGUUGCUUGGAGUCAGGGGCUUGAACUUAAAACUGGAGUGAACAAACUGCAACCAUUCUACCUGCAAAUUGGGUCGAGUUACACUGUGCUAAAUCAGAUCACUGCAAAAAUGAAAGACUGGAGAAUUUCUUUGUUUUUUUUAUUUUAAUUUUAUACUUAGGCUGUUUGGGCCAAGUUACCAUGGGGUUUGUGAGUGUGGCUGGAUUUAAGUAUUUCCAUGACCAUGUUUGUGCACGUGCUACAUACAUGAAUAUGCACAAACCUUGUGUAUGAAUACCAGUUGUGUUUUUAUUUAUGGGCUGGGAGAGAGUGCAUUCAGUUUUGCUUGUUGUUGUUGUUGUUGUUGUGUGCGUCACAUGACGAACUGAACUGGGUGUCAUACUUGAUUUUAGUACUUUUUUAAAAACAUGCAAUCCAUGCUGCCUUAAGUUUACGUCGCUUCCCACUGCAAACAUUUUAGCCUUAACCUAAGUGCAAUGCAGUAUUUUGCUCAUUUGUCCUGACUCUUCCAGACUGCUGGUGCUGGCAUGUGUGGGUUUAGGGGAGGAACGAUACCGCAGAAGACCCAGGUUCUGCAGCUUUUGGUUCAGUCGCAUUUACCUGACAGAUGUAUUGUCUCACGAGUGCAACCAGCAUUAUGCAUAGACACAGUUAUACAACCAAGCUAACAGGUUGUGUUUCAAGUGUGUUAUGCAAUAGAGGAGAUGCUCUGCAUUGAUGGAUAAACAGAGAGCAUCAGCAAAGCCAACUCUUGUCAAUAGCACUCAAUACAAUAAUGUGCAAUAACAACUUGUGCAAAAAGUAUUCAAAAGCACUCCUCAAUAACCUCAUUUCAUUCACUUUAGUCUGUGUAGUGGCAGUUGCAGCAUUCAACAAUGAAACGUUUUCCUUUCCCUCUAUCACUCCAUCUCAGGGCCCCCUUUUUCACCUCCUUUCCUUCUAUUUUUUCAUCCACCCUGUUCGGCAUCCUCUUUCUAGCUACAGUGAAUAACUAAGUGUUUGCAUUGCUCAUGUUGAACAAUCAGUACUUUCAUUAAUAAGGAGUCACACAUAGGGUAGAUAACUCAUAAUACCUGGAAAAUAAAAGCAGCAGCAUCCUCUUAUGCACAUUGUGCAACAUCCUUCUUACUGCUAUUAAAAUCCAAAUAUGUCUGCCUCAUUGUUGGACACCUGUAAUCCUCAUCUACACCAAUGUUCUUCCUCCCCCUUUUCUUUCUCUCGUUUGUAACUGUUGUGGAGGCUGAAAAGCAGAGCAUGAAGCAUGCAAGUUUGAUCCUGACUGCUCGGACGGCAUAUCGAUGACCCACUUCUCUGCUUUGCCAGUUGUUGCUCUCGCUGCAGAAAUGUGAGGCUUGUCUCUCUUUAUUUUACUGCCAGGAAACGCACAGCACAGACGCACAAACGAGCAGCUGUGGUCAGCUAAAUACCAAUGCUAGAUGAAAUGAUGAUUAACCUUCAAGAAGGGCGUCAAAUUUGAACUCUUUUAAAAUCGGAGAGAAAGGAUGAAUUUGGCCUCAGGGCUUUUUAUCAUCUUAUCAUGGGAAGCCAGAUUUAUAAAGUAUAAAAAGGAAAGUUAUUUCUGUACACAUACUAUAUUAUCCACGAAUGAGUUCUAAGAGCUUGUUCCAUUAAUGGCCAGUUAUUCACUUUAAGAUGUUAGAAACAUCUUGCAAGUUCCUUGUACCCAACAAGCCCCUGUGAUUUGACUCCCACCAAAGAAAUAAUUUGCAUGCAAGUCUGAUAUGCUGAUGUAUUUCACAAAGAUCAGUAAGUUGCUGCUGUUUCAGUGCCCAAGCAUCUCCUUACUAUUGACUGUCAUCCAUCAAACAUGGUUCAGACCUUUUGUUUGUGUGUUCUUAAGAUAUUUUGUCUAUUCUACCGUAACAAAACAGAAUUACUUUAUGAUUAAAACAGUUGUACUUGGAUUUUUCUAUUAUGAAAGAGUUCCGCAUUUUGGGAAGUUGGCCUACUUGCUUUUUAUUUUUUUGCUGAGAAAUAGAGAAGAUCAAUAUCAUGUCUGUGGGCUACGUGAAAUAUUAGGCUACAGUCAGCAGUCAGCCUAUCAAGACUGGAAAAAGCUAGCUUAGCUCUGUCCAAAAGAAACAAAAUAUGCCAACCAGCAACUUAACAGCUCACUAAUUAAAAUUCAUUGGUUCAAUACAUACAAAAUCCAAAGUUUAAAAGUUACAACAGAAUUUACAGUAUUUUUGCUAAGCUAACCUAAGCUAAUCUCCCGGCUUUAGCUUCAUAUUUAGCACAUAGGUAUGAGAUAUCCAGUCUUCUUAUUUAGCUUUCGGCAAGAAAGCAAGCACUUGCCCAAAUUGUCUGAACAUUUCUUUAAUCACCAGUGAAAUGGUUUCCAGUGUAAAUCCAAUAACAUGAGAGUGCAGUAGAAUGACACUAUGGAGAAUUGGCUAGCUGGAGGCUUGCCGUGUAGAUUCAUGUUGUAAAAGUGAAAUAAUACUUAGUUGAAGUAGAGCUCAAACAUCAAGUUAUGAUCUUCAGCUAAACUGCUUUCUUCACAUUUUUAACUACAAGAAAAUGUGUGGCCAUGAUAGCUGCUGCUCCAGGCUGUGUCACAGGGCCGUGGUGUUGAAGGGAGAAGAAGAAGUUAAAGCAAAAAGGAUAUUGGGUGACUGCUGUCAUAAUUAGACCUGCAGUGACACACUUACAUGCCCUAGAUGGACUGAACUGUGCCGAGCCGUGCUGUGCGACGCAACUCACGCAAAGAGAGGUCAAAUAGCAAAGGUCAGGGUCACAAUGUCAGAGUCUUAAGUUCUAGGCUACUUUAGGCAGUCGAGAGGCACUGGGGGGAAUGAAUAUGAAGGCGACAACAGACUGAAUCCAUUUAGACAUUAAAGACAACUCAAAAUAACGUUGACAUUUGCAAAGCACAACUUGGACGUCAACCAUAAGAUAUUUUAAUUUUGUUUUGAAGGUAGCAGAGAAAGCGGCAGCUCAUAUUAUGUACUCGGUGACUUUUAACCUAAUUUAAUAUGGGAACCUCUGUGCAUUGCGUACUGCUUCGCAAUGUCUUGCAGUGACCUAUGAACACUGUGGAAAGCACUCAAGCUCUACUACACGUAAUGUAAUUAAACCUUGAUAUACAGAGUGGCCCACACUCACAACGAGUGUGUAUUUGUGUGAGUGUGUGUUUUAAAUCCCAUCUGAGGGAUUUAUCCAGGAUGAGGAGUUUCACUGAUGUGCUUCUGCUGUCGUUGAGUCAUGAUUCUCUCUUUCUCUCUCUCUAUCUGUCUGAAACACACACACACACACACACACACACACACAAAGUGCAGGGAAGGUAACGUCCUUGUCAUAAAACAGGGACAGCGUUUGCCCUCACACACACAAACACCCUGAGGGGAAAGGAGCAGGCCUGGCGUGGUAUCUGAUUGUCACAGCAGUGUCACAUUGGCAGUGUGAACUUGUUGAUCAGCCUGCACGUGGACUGUCUGAACACAUGCACAUGCAAACAAAGCCAUAUGCACACAACCCUGUUAACUAAUAAACAUGAAGCGAUAUGUGUAUCUGUUGUGUGGUUAAAGUAGACUGAGUAGGUUUUAAUAUAGAAGAGGAAUGGAAAUACUGAGGUCUCUGAGUGGGUGCCCGUCAACUGUCAACAGAAUUUGAUGUUAUAUCAUGGGAAAAGGGGGACUAAUUGUUUUCUGUGUGUGGCAAUUAAUUAAAGAUGUGUUGAUGAUGUGUGUUUUAUGUUCACACAAUAGAAGAACUCGGUACAUGCUUUUUGUGCUUCCUUAACUAAGCCACAGAACAACAAAAUCGCACAUUGUUCUUUUGCUGUAUGGACGGCAAAAAGUGCCAAAAUUGGACAAAGCCAAAGCUAUGCAGUAGGACAUUGUGAGUGACUUGCGAACUCAAAUCACCUCUUGGCACUUAAUAUGCCUAUUUUCAGUUGUUUUUGAUCAUGAAAUGCAUUUACCAUAUUUGUAUUUCCAGAGAAACACCAAAUACAAAGUAAAAAAAGAGAGAGAAAAUAAAAAGGCAAACCGAAAAUGCAAAAUAUAGCUAUGGGUAAGAUUCUUUGUUGUUGUGUUUUCUGCUUGUAGGGUGUGCCAAGUGAAAAUCUCCUCUCCUAAACCCACACCACGACAGUUCCCUUGAGGGCUGCUACCUUUACUUCAGACCUCUAUGUCAUUAUUUAACGCCCCACCCCACAAGUGAAUCGUUUUUCCUUGAUUUAUACAUCCCAAAUUCAUACUCAGGACCACCUGCCUGCAUUUUCUGGCGUUUUGUCCCAUGAAAAAUGUAGUAUCAGUUCAUCUUGCUGUUCUCUUUACUUAAAAAUAAAACAUAAUGUAAAAGGUAACACAGUCCCAUGGUUUAAAUACAACCUUAAAUGUAGCACAUAAGGUAAUAUGAACAACUAUGUAUGUUUCUUAUUUUGUUUGGUUUGUCUUCUGGAAAUACAGCACUGAAAUAGUU